AUGCACAGGGAACCCCAACAGAAAAGCCACCAGUUGCUUACAAAGGAAGCCACUGGUGGUGGGGACUGUCCAGAACUAGCCUUUAAAGGGAUCCUAGAUGCACUAUACGAGGGACCUGAAUGGGGAUCACCGCUGUACGUAAUUACAGAUGCUUCAGCAAAAGACGAUUCCCAGACGAAUAUCGAAGAGGCAAAAGAACUGGCCAAAACUAAAGGCAUCACUGUGAACUUUUUUACUACAGGUGACGAUUGUGGAAAACGCGAUUACCACCCAUUUCAGGAAGUUGCAGACGCUACUUCCGGUCAAGUACUCGAUCUUCUUAACCACCAGGAACUGCGCCAACUAACGGGCUUCACCGGAAGUGUAUUGGGAGGCUCGAACAUCAUUUGUACCGCUGACUACAGUUUAUAUCAAAAUGUUACUGAAAAGAGAUACAACAUCACGGUUGAUGACUCGAUUGACACGAUGUCUGUGUCUGUCACAACCAAACGUCGAAACCAGGNGGAUCUAGUGUGA